AUGGGGGACCAAAUCAAGAGUGCAAAACAUAGAACUGAUGAGAUCGAUGAAGCAAAUCGUGUGUUCAAGUACACUUUGAUCGAAGGUGGAGCCCUCAGAGAUGAUUUUGAGCUCGUCUCGUACGACAUGAAGGUUGAAGAUGGUCCAAAUGGAGGGUGUGUGUACAAGAUGACUAGCAAAUACCACACCAAAGGAGAUAAUCACAAUGUGAUUCAAGAGAAGAUCAAACAAGGACAUGAAGGAGCUAAGGCAUUCUUCCAUGCUGUUGAAGCUUACCUCCAAGCAAACCCCAACGAAUACAACUAA